AUGGAUCAAAACUUGAUGUCUGAGAACACUCAAAAUAAGGCAGACACCGAUAACUUGGACAUGUUCUCUCAGCACCCCUCAUCAUCCCCACGUCACAGUCCAGGCCACAGUGGAGCUCACUACCAUCCUGCCUCCCCUCACCACAGGGUGGCCCAACAUGAUGGUGAGUCCCGCCAUCAUGGAACACCCCACCAUCACUCUGGAUCUCACCACUCUCCUGAGUUCCAAGACAAUACCUCCUCCUAUUAUUCCUACCCAUCUCACCACUACAGUGAGGUCCACCACCAUGGCAGAACCAACAGUCCUACAUCUUCUGGUCCAGCCACUUCUCAUGGCCUUGUUCAGUCCCAUGAUUCCUACCAGAAGGAUUCCUUCAAUGAUGAGCACUACCAUGACAGCAGGAUGCAUCACAGUGGCUCCCACCACCAAGAUGGGUCCUACCACCAUGGCAGACUGAACUACCAUGACUUCCACCAUGGAAGAUCCCAUCACCAUGAAGCCCACCACCACAGAAGGCCUCAACAUCAUGGAGAGACUGCUUCCCAUAUUUCCUCUGAGGAGUUGUACCAUCAUGGUCAUAAUGAGCAUCAUCAUGGCGAUUACCACCCCAAUGAGCAACACUAUGGGGAGCAUCCCCACCAGAGAGACCACCACCACAGUGAACAUGCCCACCAAAGAAUCCACCAACACCACAGAGACUACAGCCACUAUGGCGAGCACUCCAGUAGCUUGCAUCCUCCUGAUGACUUACAUGGUGAUCACCGAUACAAGGAGUACCAUCAGAGUACUUCCCAACUAUUUGUUCCACACAGCCUUGGUAAGGCUCCCCUCAGCUCAACCAUUUCUUCUAAGCCAUCCCACCUAUCUAAGGGCUCCACUUCCACCAUAAGUCAGACACACUCUAGAGUUCUCUCGAUUGGCUCCCAGAUCUCCAACAAAGUUCAUCCCCAGGAUACCGCCUCCAAAGACUCAGAAAGCUGGGAUGAAGAAGAUGAGCAAUUUGAAAAGCACAAAACCGGCCGGAGCCAGAGGACCCACAAGAAGCCGCGUCCUCCAUCCUUUUUCACUAUGCUGUCUGAAAAAUUAAGCUACCUCAUCCAGGGCUUCCGGAGAAUGAUCUGGAACCUGACCCACUCCUGGGCCUUUGAAAUCUUCAUCUUCUUCAUCAUCUGCCUCAACACUGUCAUGCUUGUGGCCCAGACCUUUGCUGAAGUGGAGAUCAGGGGGGAAUGGCACUUCUUGGCCUUGGACUGCAUUUUCUUCUGCAUCUACGUAGUGGAAGCUCUGCUCAAGAUCAUUGCCCUGGGCCUCUCAUAUUUUCGUGACUACUGGAAUGAUCUGGACUUCCUCAUCAUGAUCAUGGCCAUGCUGGACUUCCUGCUCAUGCAGUUUAACUCCUCCUCCUCCAUCUACAACCAAAGCCUCUUCCGGGUCCUCAAGGUCUGCAAGAGCCUGCGGGCACUGAGGGCCAUCCGGGUCCUGCGGAAGUUCAGUAUCUUAACCAGCCUCCAAGAAGUGACAGGGACCCUGGCCCGGAGCUUGCCAUCCAUCACGGCCAUCCUCAUCCUCAUGUUUACCUGCCUCUUCCUAUUCUCCGUGGUACUCCGGGCACUGUUCCGAAAAUCUGACCCCAAGCGCUUCCGAAGCAUCCUCACCACCAUAUUCACCCUCUUCACCAUGCUCACCCUGGACGACUGGUCCCUCAUCUACAUAGACAGCCGAGCCCAAGGAGCCUGGUACAUCAUUCCCAUUCUUAUGAUUUACAUCAUCAUCCAAUACUUCAUCUUCCUCAACCUGGUGAUAGCUGUCCUGGUGGAUAACUUCCAGAUGGCACUGCUCAAAGGCCUAGAGAAAGUGAAACAGGAGAGGGCUGCCCGGAUCCAUGAGAAGAUACUGGAGGACUCAAUAACGGAUCUCAGAAAAGCAGAGCCUGAAAUGGUGAUGAGUGAAGGCACCAUGAGAAAGCAGUUCAUCGAGAAAAACUUUGGGCCCAUGACUGACAAGCAGCAGGAGCUCCUGUUCCACUACCUACAGCUGGUGGCAGCCGUGGAGAAUCAGCAACAGAAAUUCCGUUCCCAGGCAUCUGUUGCCAAUGAGAUUGUUGAUGCCACAUUUGAGGUUGGAGAAGAGGACUUCAAGAGAUGA